UUUAAAUAUUAACUACGUUUAUUUUCGUAAGUAUGCCAUCUCCAUAGGUUUUUUUUAGUACUCAGAGUUUUCCGCUCCUCACGUCACAUCGUCUUCACGGGGUUUGUUGACUUUGUUGUGCACGAUCAAAUCCUUUUAUUAGUCUUAAAAUGAGGUGACGUGGAGUAAGUGAAAAAUCGUUGUAUAUUUAUGCAUUCCACAUCACAACUGAUAAUUUUUCUGUGAUUAAAUUAUGGCCGGAGUCCCAGUUAAAUUUGGUACUAUUUUAUCUUUCUGUGUGUUAUUUUACGCUAUUUAUUUUCGAAAAAACGAUGUAGGUGAUGUUAGAUUGUCGCCGGUAAAAGAUCAUUUAUUACAUUUAGAGAGUGAGAACAAAGUAUCUAUUGGUAAUUUACAACCACGAGUGGCUCUUGGUUAUGGGGCCUGUCACGAUCUAUUCGUGAAUGCAACAAAAUUAUUAGACUUCAAUGAACUGAAGGGUAGCCCAGAACACUUUAACGAAAUAUCGAACAAAGAUGAAUUUCUGAAAAGCUUUGCAUACUUCUUCAAACAUGGUGCUGCGGCAGAGAGAUUCAUGUCAAAUUCUAAACUUUAUGAUGAAGUAAUAGAAAAAGCACUCGGUCUAGAUGAUACAAGAUGGGCUAUUGGUGGGAAUGCUCCACUCAUGGCAAAGAGAUUCUUUAUGGAAGGCUGGAAAGUGUUAUUUGCUGCAAAGAUGAGCCAAAAGCUUAAAUCAUACAUUCCAAAUGAUAUUCAAAUAGUGGGUGAUGAAAUCAAUGAAGAGGUGAAGGAUGAUAUUCAUAUGAUAUUGGAAUACAAAGCAGAUGAAUUGUUUGGUAUAUAUAAAGCCCCUAGAGCAAAUAGAUAUAUUGUGCAUAAUGAUGAGAAUAAUCCACUCUUGAGUUCUUUAGAGAAGUUUGGAGAAAGUUUACCAAAAUUUGGUCCAAAUUUACUUGUUAUAAGUGGUUUACAGAUGAUGGAUAAUUAUCCAUUCAAAAAAGAUGAUCACCAUGAUUUAAGAGCUGAGAGACUUGAUUUGGUUAAACAGCAAAUUUUGUCUCAGUCUAAAACCACUUUAACACACUUUGAGAUGGCGAGCUACGUUGAUCUAGAACUGCUCUUACAUCUCACAACAAAGGUUUUACCUUAUGUAGACUCGGUUGGUAUGAAUGAACAAGAACUGUCCAAUUUGUGCAGUGUUCUUGAAUACGGCAAAGUAAGUAUAGUGGCUGACUCUAAUCCCAGGGUUGCCACAGCUCUGGACCAAAUGCGUAAAAUAUUUCAUUUAAUAAGGGAGAAAAAUAAAAUACACAAUAGCAAUAGGAUAUUGACACGCAUUCAUGUGCACACAUUGGCUUACCAGGCCAUAUUGACUGUGAAGAGCUCUAAUUGGAAGAGAACAGAAGCUGCUGUUGCAAAAGCAUCUCUUACUGCACACAGAUAUGUAUGCAACAAUCAGAACAUAGCCUUGGACAAAUCUAAGUUACUGCUUGAUGACAGUUUCUCUACCACUACAGAUAAUGAUAACAAUAGUAGAGUGUUCUUUGAACCCUCCAAGCCUGUAGCUUGUUGGGAUGAGGUGGUGCAUGGUGCAUCAGUAGAGAUAUGCGUAGCACCAGUCCUUAUCUGCACUGAAGCUCAGCUCACUGCUGGAGCAGGUGAUAACAUAUCAGCGGCAGGAUUAGUUUUACAAGUUGAAAAAUAAUUUUAUAUUUAAACAGAACAUAAUUAUGAGAACAAUUAGCAUUUUAUAUUUACAUUUUGUGAUGAUAACUUGAUCUUACUGUUUACUACUUUAAUCAUUCCAUUCUCUUGACUGUUAUUAUGUGCGAUUAUGAAUAUUUAGUUUUGUGCCAUUCAAAUGAAUAAUGUUUAUCUUAGUUGACUUGCCACUUAAGUACAAGUAAUAAAGUAAUAUUUUUAUCAUCAAAUGUAUGUGAAUUGUAUAAGACUACUUAAUUUUAUUUAUUUAUUAGGAAUUGUGUACAUGGAAAUUUGGUUAAGGCUUUUUGAUAUUCCUUAAAUUAUUGUUGAUCACUUAGUCAUUGUUGUUCAAAUAUAGAAACAUUAUUAGAAAACAAUGAAUUUUAUUUCACAUCAUUGUUAAAUUCAAUUUGCAUGUGUAUAAAACAUAAUUUUGUCAAACUUGGUCAAAUUAAUUGUAAAAGCUUACAUACAUAGUUUGAUUUAUUAUCACUUCAGUGACAGGUAUAUUCUUACUUUUGCAAUGUAUUUUAAGCUUUAUUUAUGAAAAACAUAUAAUGUAAGUUAAAUUAGAAUCUUCUGUACAAAUUCUACUACAUAAAAGUAAUAUACAUAAUGUAAUCUUAAAUAAGACAAUACUAGAACUAUGAAAAACAGCAAACUUAAUCUUAAUUACAUAAUUAACAUAUAAAGGAAAACACCGUAUUGAACAACUUCCAUGUCCUUCAUAAAUCUACAAAACAGAUUCAAGGGUAGACUAAUAAAUUCAGUCUUCAAUUAUGACCAGCUUCAAUAAUCAACAUCCUGUAAAUGGUAAACAUAAGAGUGGUUUCAGACCAGCGUACAAGAGACGUUCAGGCCAAUGCAAUUUUAAUUAUUUAAACUGGCCAUUAAACAUUAGCUUGCAUAUAUACCCAAUAAAAAGUAAAACUAUCAAGCAUCAUCCUUGUCAUUGUCAAACCUGAUUUUCUUAUUCUGAGGUUUUGCAAGUGCUUUAUAUGGGUCGUAUAAACCACUUCUAACAAAUCUUUUUGCAGCAUCAAUAUUUACAGUUGGUCUUUUUUCUUUAUCUUUGACUUCUUGCCAUUUUAACAUCACAGCUUUUAUUCUUUGUAGCUCAUCUUUUAUAGGGUGUUUCGUAGGAUCUAUGCCUUGAAUGCGCAAAUGUAUCCAAUUUAGUGAAUUUAAUGUAAAAGCUAAAAAGAGAUCGAGUUCAAUCUGUGCUGGCAGCGUUAAUUUAUCGUAUUGCUCCUUCAAUGGUAACAAUUGCUCCAAAACUGUCUGUACUUCCAUCAAGUUUUCCUUCAGAUUCUCACAGUUGUCAACAAAAUCUUUGUCCUUACUAAGUUCACCAUAGCUGAGUUGCCAAUCCAUUAUUAUUCAAUUAAGAUAUUUCAACAAGCUAACCAGGUACUUGAUAUUUUUUCACAAAAAAUAUUUUAAAAAUGUACGUAAAUCUAAACAUAACCUACAAAAUUUCACAUGACAUGACAGAUAGAA